AUGGCCCUUCAGGGACAGCUCAGCCCUGGACCCGCCAACCGGCCACAUCCACUACCUGGCCGCGUCCACUGCCUGGCCAAGAUGGACCCAUGCCACCCUGGCCCCGCCAGCCAGCCGCUUCACAAGGUGACAUUAUUGGAUUGGCUGCGGGCUUGCUCCUAUGCUUUACUGGAGACAAUUUUGGUCCCUAAUGAGCUAGAAUUAGCCCUGUGCAAAGUGCCAAUGACACUAUCCAGCAGCUCCUCAAGCAAACAACCUGCUCCUUCAGGGGUAGUGAAGAUUGCCAACCCCAUUCCAGUGAAUGCUGAUAUGUUUGGAAGAACAGAGCCUGAGGAGUUGAGUGUUGUGAAUGCUGUGACAUCAUUGCCACUCUGCGGUGCUCUAGGAAAUCCCCCAAAUCUCCAUGGCAACUGUCCAGUACUUCCACAGAUCCACCCAGCUCUCAGCACUCCAAAUCCCUACAUGAUUUCUUCUAGUGGUUUCCUGUACAUGUUAACUAGCACUGGGGACAAGAUGGAUCCCUAUCCAAGCAAGACAAUUGAAGAGGAAUUGAAAAAGAACAAUUCAUCGUCAUGGACAGAAUUUAUUCUUGUGGGGUUUUUAAGCAAGACAAAAUCACCCACCGUAAUUGUGUCUCUGCUCGUCCUUAUCUUCCUUAUGGUGCUCUCAGAAAACAGCCUCCUUCUCUAUCUGAUCCAAGUGGACUCUGGCCUUCGAUCUCCAAUGUAUUUUUUUCUUAGUCAGUUGUCCUUCAUGGACAUCUGUCAAACUCUCUCCAUUGGCCCCAAAAUGACUAUCGAUUUUUUAAUGAAGAAGAACGUUAUUUCUUUGAAUGGAUGUUCAGCCCAGAUAUUUUUCACACUGAUAAUGGGUGAGGCAGAAUGCCUCCUCCUUGCUGUAAUGUCGUAUGAUAGGUAUGUGGCUAUAUGCAAGCCUUUGCAGUAUCCAGUGCUGAUGAGGAAGAAUAUCUGUGUCAUCUUGACAGUUGGGGUUUGGUUUGGUGCCUUUCUGCAUGCCUUGGUCCCCAGUGUUUAUGUGCUGCCACUGUACUAUUGUGGCUCAAAUGUGAUUCACCAUAUCUACUGCGACCUCCCUUCAAUGCUGAAGUUGUCUUGUUCUGAUACAUCUCACUUUGAAAAGACUUUGAUCUUUAGUGGCAUUACAUUGCUGAUCAUCCCGUCAUCUUUUAUCUUAUUCUCCUAUGCUUGCAUUCUUGCAACAGUUCUAAGUGUACGUUCAGCUGAUAGGAGUCACAAAGCACUUGGCACUUGCUUGUCUCACUUGAGUGUGGUGGGACUCUUCUAUGGGGCAGCCAUGUUCAAGUACUUGAGACCCAGAUCGUUCCAAACACCAUACCAAGAUGAUAUGGUUUCAGUGUUUUGUGCUAUCGUUACUCCAACACUGAACCCACUCCUCUACAGCUUGAGGAAUCGGGAUGUGUUAACAGCACUAAAGAAACUGUUCAGAAAAAACACCUCAUAA